AUGUCCACGAACACCUCCGACGCCGACCUGAUCGCCGACGCUGCGCUGCUCCCGCUUGAGCCGCUGCCCAUCCCGGAUGGUGCGGCUGGCGGUGGCACCAACAACUCGAAGGCCGACCCGAAAGGCAGCGACAAGGGGUCUUCCGCGAACGCAUGUGGUGACGAGGCGAUGGACACCGGCGACGAGCGCGACAACAACAAUGCGGAUCACGAUGGCGAAGCGGUCGAAGACGGCGACACGAAAGGGGAGGAGAAGGGCAACAAUGCCGACAUGGAAAUGGUCGACGACGCCGCCGGCAUUUCCGCAUCCGGCCAAACCAUCGGCGCCACGUCCGGGCGGACGCCUUCGGGCGAGCAGCCCCAGCUCUUCACGGCCAAGAUACGGCAACUCAUCGAGCACAUCCGGGCGGGGACUCUCCCUUCGCGUGACCAGGGCCCGCGCGGCAUCCAGAACGCGUUGCCGGCGCGCUACACUGUUCCGCCGGAGCACUCUCUGGGCGGGAAGUCCUUCAUAGUCGGUGUCCCAGCGGGAGGCCAUGCGCACCGCGAGAGUGCCUUCCUGUGCGAGGGGUACGGUGGUCUGGAGGCUAUGAUGAUGUUCGAGGGUCUGUCCGAGGUGGACCUUCAGCACCUGUGCGAGCUCAUCGGCGAUUCGGUCGAGGUGCGUGAGCUGAUUCUCCGCCCGUACCAUGACCAAGACACUCCCAGCCUGACUUCACUGGAGGCACUCCUGAAUUCGCUCGUCGCUCGUCGUGAGUUUGCGUCGCUUCUCAUGUAUUUCCCCGUCCAUCAACUCGCCCAGAAGGUCUUCUACACAGUCUCCACGAUUCGCCAUCUCCUCGCCCGAGAUCGUCAGCGUCAGGCCGUCUUCGACGAUAUUGACGGGGAGUCUUCUGCGGCCGAGCUCCUCCAGCUCCGAACAAAAUACGACCAGCUCAAGCGCGACGUCGUCUUCGUGGACGAGUACUACCGGCAGCAGCUCAACCGGGCCAUGCUGGACGACAACUUCAGACGUCUGGCCAAGGAGAACUUGGAGGAGACUUCGGCUCUUCAGGGGAGAGUGGAUGAGCUGGAGACUCAACUGGCGUAUGCGAACACGCAGAUCGCCCACCUCCAGCGUUCCGCCCAGGAAACGCGUUUCGACACGGCCAGACUGAUGGACUUCCUGAAUUCCGGAGGGACUGAGGUGCGAGGCAACUGGCCACGUCUUCGCAAGCUUUUCCGUCGUUUCCAGAACGGGGCCAUUCCGCCCGGAGACUGGAGAACUUGGAUCACUAGUGAUGACGACGAGGGUGGUGCUGAUGGUGACGCUCAGGAGGAGAAGACUGAGGACAACCCUCCUCCGGCCAGUGUUCCAGUGGCGACUCCGCCCAGGUGCACGCAGCAAUCUUCGCCGGGGUCAUCCAAGUCGGGGUCCGGCCGGGGUUCUUCGUCCAAGAAGGUCAAGGUUGUCCAACGUCGUCCCAGUGCCCACCCAAAAUCGCAAGUCGGUCCUCGUCCGCCAAGGUUCCCGUUGAAGCUCUUGGUGCAGGAGGCCUGCGCUCUCCUCCCGGAGUUCAUCGCUUGGCAAGAUCUCCGGCCAGACGUCCAGUGGCCUAUGCGCUCUGGGGUGGAUUAUCACGAGGCUGUCAAUACUCUGGGCAUGGACCAAGUUGGCCACGGCCACUUCCACCGGGACUCGCUCCUCAAGAUGUUGGCAACCAUGAUGUACCACCGUAAGCUGGACGAGACACCCUGGGCGCAAUACGUCCCUGUUUCAUACUACAGGAUGGCCGAGGUUAUUUUGGACGAUUGGCUUGACAAGGAGUACGUUCCUCCGGCCUGGCCACCUCUACGUAAUCUUGCCGAGGAUCUCGUCGAAGACGCCGAAGCCUCCAGCAGUUCGUCCGAAGAUGACAAAGCCACCGACCCGGACUACAACAUCGGCGAUGCAGUCGAUGAAGACGACGACAACGACGAAGAUGACGAGAAACAUGAUGAUGAGGGUGACGAUGGAGACAGCAGCAGCAGCAGUACUGGCGACGAACCUGCCCGGAAACCCAAGCGUAAAGCGUCCUCCCAGAGAGUGCGGUCUUCGUCAGAUUCCUCGUCCGAGAGUGCCAGCCGCGUCAAGCCCAAGAAGCUCACGUAUUCUCCUUCGCCUAAGCGUCCACGUCAGUCUCGUUCCGGUUCUACCUCGGGCAAGAAAACUGGCAGCCUGCGUUCCCGGGCGAGGACUGAGCUGGAGAAGCGCAAGUCGCCUCUCGCCCGGAAGAAGUACAAUGAGCUGACUCCAGCCGAGUUGGCCAUGAUCGAGCAGCCGACCAAGGGUGUCCUCUCGUGGCGUCGUCGUGGCAUCCUGAGCCAGUUCACGCCCAAGAAGAAUGGCCACGAGAACCAGACACCCGGCUUUCCGGAGUACUGUCUGAAGGUGGCCUGGAACGUCUCUACGCGCGCUGGCCUGCAGUUGAAGCUGAGUCUUCUACUUCCACAGGCGCUCGGAACUUCCGGCCGGGUUCGAGAUCACGCCGAAGUCUUCUGGUACAUGCUCCACCGGUUCUCCAUCAAAAUCAAGGCGGCCAAGGGCGAGCCCGUCGAUCCGCUCAAGUAUCUCCUGGCGAACACACUAUACGAUAGGCGUCGGGAGCAGCAUGAGAACAUCGGUCGCGGCAUGGGGGAUCGUGUCAAGCGCAUCAUCAAGAAGGGAGUCCCUGCGUCCGUCUUCGACGAGCCCGGCAUCUGGGUUUACCCGGCCAAGAUCUGUUACAUCUACUUGACCGACUCGUCCACGUUGAACGCGCAAGGUGACCCAUACAGCUUUGCCGAGCAGAACGAGAAGGCAGAACGAGUGGAGCCCAGCCGGACUCAGUGGCCGUAUUACUGCACAGACUGCGACCGAAUGGCUCACGUCUCGCAUGACCUUCGCCUCCGCGAACUCUCGCCCGAGGAACGCGCGGCCAACCCUAUCUCGCACACGGUAGAGUAG